UUCUGAUGUUUCUUCAAAAGACAAAAUAAGUGGUCUGAUGACCUAGAACAGUAGAAGGCUAGAUCUAAUGAAGGGCACUGUCUAGGGCACGUAGCCACGUAUACCAACUGUUCUUAAAGUAGGGUCGCAGUUUCACAAAGCGACGGUUGUAGAGCCAUCCCCUGAUGGUGAAGCCACACUUCUGCAGUACCUGCGACGAAAGUUGCUGCUGCCAGGGACAAAAGAAGGGUGUGGUCAUGGAGGAUGUGGUUCCUGUACAGUGAUGGUAUCCAAGCUCCAUCGCAACUCUAGCAAGAUCAUACACUACACAGUGAAUGCAUGUUUAUUCCCACUAUGUGCGGCUCACGGAUUGGCUAUCACAACGGUAGAGGGUGUCGGCAAACCCAACACCGGAUUACAUGAUAUACAGAAAAGGUUGAUAGAGUCUCAUGCAUUACAGUGUGGUUUUUGUACCCCGGGGUUUGUGAUGUCAGCAUUUGCUCUGCUUAGAAACAAUCCCUAUCCCUCAAGAGAUGAUGUGGAAAGAGCUCUUGAAGGUAACCUGUGUAGGUGUACUGGUUACAGACCUAUUCUGCAAGCAAUGGAACCAUUUACUAAGGAAUGCUGUCCUAUGGGAGAACAGUGCUGCAAGAAUCAGCAACAGUCAGACAGCCAGGCACCAGAGGAUGUGAAUGUUGGAUGCCAACCUACACAAGUUCCAAUUUUCCCGCCAGAACUACAGACAAGUUCGGAGUACAGGAAGUCUGUAUGUUUUGAGGGGCCUAGUUGGAGCUGGGCUUCACCAACAGAUCUGUCUGAACUUCUCACGUUGAAGUCUAAAUACCCGCAUGCCCCAGUAAUUAUGGGAAAUACAACAGCAGCACUUUCGAUCAAACUUGGGAAGUUCAACAGCUCAAAGAUACUUUUAUACGGAGGUAAUAUUCCGGCAUUGAAGGAGGUCUGUGUUGUGGAGGGUGGUGUCAGUUUUGGUGCAGCAGUUACGUUGUCAGAACUGUCUCAACAUCUAACACAGCUAAAAGGUGAAAUUAAAGAGGGUAAUAAAAAACAUUUCCCAGCAUUAGAAGAGAUGGUUGGACGGUACGGAGCAGACCAGAUCAGAAAUGUUGCUACGUUAAGUGGAAGUAUAUUAUCAGGAAGAUCAAACUCAGAUAUAAUAACGCUGUUUACAGCUCUUGAUGCAUCAGUGUGUCUAGCUUCAGUGAAUGGAGAGAGAAAUGUUGGUAUAGAAGGACUCAGUCUACAAGAAAUGGAGGUCAUUAAAUCAGUCUUCAUCCCAAAUAGUGACCAGGAUAAGUUUACACAGAGUAUGUUCUUCAAACAAGCACAGAGAAGGACUUUCUCAUUGGCAAUCAUCAACUGUGGAAUGCAUGUUAUUUUGUCGGACACAAGAACAGUAGAGAAACUUAGGAUUUGUUUUGGUGGAAUAGCAGACAAGGCAGUUUUGGCAAGGAAGACCAUGGAUUUAGCAGUUGGAACGUAGGUACAUUAGAUUUCUUUUCAUUUUU